AUGGCCAUGUCCACAAUGUCCGUCUGCUCCAGCACUUGCACUGAGCCCUGGCAGGUAGAUGACUGUCCAGAGAGCUGCUGUGAGCCCCCCUGCUGCGCCCCUAGUUGCUGUGCCCCAACCCCCUGCCUGACCCUGGUCUGCAGCCCAGUGAGCUGUGUGUCCAGCCCCUGCCAACCAGUCUGCACCAGCUCCUGCACACCCUCAUGCUGCCUGCAGUCUAGCUGCCAGCCAGCUUGCUGCACCUCCUCCCCCUGCCAGCCGGCCUGCUGUGUGCCCGUGAGCUGCAAGCCCGUGUGCUGUCCCGUCUGCUGUGUGCCUAUCUGCUCUGGGGAUUCCUCUUCAUGCUGCCAGCAGUCUAGCUGCCAGCCAGCUUGCUGCACCCCGUCCCCCUGCCAGCAGGCCUGCUGUGUGCCCGUGAGCUGCAAGCCUGUGUGCUGUGUGCCCGUCUGCUCUGGGGAUUCUUCUUCAUGCUGCCAGCAGUCUAGCUGCCAGCCGACUUGCUUCACCCCAUCCCCCUGCCAGCAGGCCUGCUGUGUGCCUGUGAGCUGCAAGCCCAUCUGCUGCAAGCCCGUCUGCUGCAAACCUGUCUGCUGUGUGCCCAUCUGCUCUGGGGCUUCCUCUGUGUGCUGCCAGCAAUCUAGUUGCCAGCCAGCUUGCUGCACCUCCUCCCCCUGUCCCUCCUCCUGCUGCAGACCCUCCUCCUGCAUGUCCCUGCUCUGCCGCCCAGUGUGCAGACCUGCCUGCUGUGUCCCCACCUCCUCCUGCCAGCCCAGCUGUCCCCGCCCAGCCUCCUGCGUGUCCCUCCUCUGCCGCCCGGCCUGCCCCCGUCCGGCCUGCUGCAGCCUCUCCUUGGGUCAGAAGUCCACUUGCUGA